AUGGCAUUGGAUGAACUAGAAAUGGGUAGAGGGUUGAAUCAAGAACUUGGUCUUGUUAAAACCUGUGAUACUCGUUGGGGAUCUCACUACAAGUCAUUUGAAAACUUUAUUAGUAGCUUUGACUCUAUUGUUGAUGUACUUGAUACUCUUGUUGAAAAUGCAAGUACUUUGGAAGAAAGAGCAAGCGCAUCGAAAUUUCUUAGAAGUUAUCAAACAUUUGAGACUAUUUUCUUGUUGCAUUUGAUGACAGAUGUUUUAGGAAUCACAAAUGAUCUUAAUGUUUCAUUACAGAAAAAAGCGCAAGACAUUGCAAAUGCCAUGAUUCUUGUAAAGGUAGCAAAGAGAAGGUUGCAAGCUUUAAGAAAUAAUGAAUGGGAUCCUCUCUUAAAAAAAAAUAUUGGAUGGGAUUUAUUUAAAGAAAAGGUAGACACAUUUUGUAUCAAGCAUGACAUUUCAUUACCCAAUUUUGAUGAUCCAUAUGCUAAUUUUGGGAGAUCACGACGUAAAGUAGUUAUUUGUACUACUUUGCAUCAUUAUUGUGGGGAUGUGAUUUAUAAAAUCAUUGAUUGGCAACUACAAGAACUUAAUGAUCGUUUCAAUGAGGUGACAAGUGAUUACUUAAUGGAGUAUCUUGCUUGA